AUGACGAAUGCGAAGCCCACUAGCCUUCAAAUCUCAGUUCCCGCCAGCGCCCUUUAUCCAUGGUCUCUGCAAGCAAUCCGCCGCGAUGACGGGAUGAACUACGGUGCCUAUGGCCGCUUCAUCCAGCUCGCACCGACUUCCUCUUCGUCCGCCUCGGCAACUGCUUCUCGCUCGUCUUGUUCUAUGUUCUGUCGCUCCCGAGAAUUUCCUCGGAUCGAAGAAUGCCUGCGAGAGAUAUUGUCUUGGAAUGCGAUGGUGGCUGAGUGCUCUCAGGGUUGGUUUUAUGGGGAGUGCAAGGAACUGUAUAAAGCGAUGUUGAGUUUAGUGGAGUUGAGGCCUAAUGCAUUGACUGCAGUCAUUGUUUUACAAGCUUGUGCUCAGUUAAACUAUCUCAUUCUUGGAAUGGAAUGCGGUAGCUUGGAUUAUGUUUGGGAGUUGUUUGAAGAAAUGCCUGAGAAGGAUGAGGUUACCUAUGGUGCGAUGAUAUCGGACUACAUGGUCCAUGAGCAACCAAUAAGCUGGAGUUGUAGAUAUAUUUCGAGCAAUGCAGUGCAUGGUUGCAGACCAAAUACUGUAACCCUUGCGAGCGUUCUUCCCAUCUUCUCACAUUUUUCAACUCUAAAAGAUGGGAAAGAAAUUCAUGCUUAUGCCGUUAGAAACUGUUACGAUGGGAAUGUUUGUGUUGUCACUGCUAUCAUUGAUUCCUAUGCUAAGUCUGGCUACUUCCACAGGGCACGACUGGUUUGUGAUCAAUUUAAAGGGGAGUUAGAUGAAGCCUGGAAGAUAUUUAACGUCUUGUUACCCGAGUAUGGAAUUCAACCACUAGUCGAGCACUAUGCUUGCAUGGUAGGAGUUCUUAGUCCAGCAGAAAAGCUUUCCGAUGCUGUUGACUUUAUUUCUAAAAUGCCAAUUGAACCCACUACAAAAGUUUGGGGUGCUUUGCUCAAUGGGGCUUCUGUUGCUGGUGAUGUUGAGCUUGGAAAGUGCGUUUUUGAUAGUCUGCUUGAACCGAGCCUGAAAAUACAGGUAACUAUAUCAUCAUGGAUAACUUAUAUUCACAGUUUGGAAGGUGGAAAAAAGCUGGCUAGGAUAGGUAUUUGA